GUUUAAGAGCUUCCGCGACUAAAAAAGUAAACUCAAAAAAUGUCGGGCACCACUCAAAAGUACAGAAAUUUCGUGGCUGAGCCAAUGGGGGAGAAAUCCGUUACAGAAUUGGCUGGUAUUGGAGAAACGCUUGGCGGACGUCUUACGGAAGCAGGAUUUGAUAAGGCAUACACUGUGCUUGGUCAGUAUUUGGUGCUGAAAAAGGACCAAGAACUAUUCAAGGAUUGGAUGAAGGAUGUUUGUCAUGCUAGCUCAAAACAAGCAUCCGAUUGCUACAAUUGUCUCAAUGAUUGGUGCGAGGAGUUCAUGUAAACGUUUCAAUGUAUAAAUUGUGGAAAAUCUCUGGACAAGCAAUUCAGUCGAAUAGGA